AUGGCUGUCGAAACUAUGAAUCCCGAGAACGACGUUGGGGAGACGAUUCCCCCGCUCACUGCCCAUGCUGUGAGCGUCUCAUUGCCAACAUGGGACGCCAACGUUGGCUACGAGGAGGGCCGACCUGAGGUGAUUGGCAGGAUGAAGACAGGAUAUCCUCGGUUUUUUGUUCAUAAAUCUAUUGCUCGCUUCGCUGAGGUCAUCGCUGCCACCUACGGCCUCCCGAAUGACAGUGCGAUGCUCUUCCCUUCCCACGCAGUCGCCGCCCGCUGCGCCGACUUCUUCCGUCAGCAAGCCCCCGAGCUCGGCCCCGGCCAAGUCCGCAUCGUCGACCUUAUCACCAACCCCGAGCACAAGCAUCCCCAGGACCGCGUUUUGCCCCGUGUGUCCGCCGUGCUCUUCCCGAAGGACAGAUUCAAGAUUGCGAAGACCUUCUGGCAACACUCGGGCGAUGGUGUGUCUAGCCGCAGGGCUGAAUACUGCCACAAGGCGUUCGAGGAUGGCUUGCUGGUAGAAAAGUCUCAGGCAGGACAGCGCAUGUGCAAGGGGCCAAAAAGGUACCAAAAGAGGGGUUCGGUGGAUAUCCCGGCCCACCAGUCGGCGCCCGUGAGGGAGCCAGACGGCCAAGACCCCCUGCGCUUCGUCGAAGAGAGAUUCGGCAGGAACCUGGACGUCGGUUUCGCAGAGAACGCCAAGCAUGCAAUCCAGAGGCGCAUUGCAGGUUCUCUGACGGCCAAUGUGGAGCUGGAGGAGGCGUUGAAGCUCGAGCGCGACCAUGAACGGACCCGCCCCGUUGCCGGCUUCUCAGAGGACGAUGUUUAUCUGUAUCCUUGCGGCAUGAGCGCAAUCUUCAAUACCCACCGCACCAUGAUGGCCGCCUUGGGCCAGCGCAAGAGCGUCAGCUACGGAUUCCCGUACAUUGACACGCUCAAAAUCUUGGAGAAAUUUGGCCCCGGUGCUAUUUUCUACGGAUUUGGAUCCUCGGAGGAGCUAGACGAAUUUGAGAAACGGCUGGAGAGCGGCGAGAGGUUCCUCGCGCUUUUCUGCGAAUUUCCAGGCAACCCGCUCCUCAAGGCGCCAGACCUAGAGCGAAUCCGAGCGCUCGCUGACAAAUUUGAUUUUGGCGUUGUGGUGGACGAGACGAUCGGGAACUUCCUGAACGUUCACGUCCUUCCUUUUGCGGAUGUCGUUGUCAGCAGCCUUACCAAGAUCUUCAGCGGCGACAGCAAUGUCAUGGGUGGCAGUGCAAUCCUCAACCCGAAGGGACGGUACUAUGACCUGCUCAAGAAGACGUGGGCAGCCGAGUACGAGGACAACUUGUGGCCGGAAGAUGCAAUUUUCCUGGAACGCAACAGCCGGGACUUCGUCUCACGCAUUGAGAGGAUCAACGUGAACGCGGAGGCCAUUUGCGAAGUUCUCAUGAAGCACCCGAAAGUGAAACAAGUACACUAUCCCAAGUACAGUCCAACGCGGGCGUUUUACGACCGCUGCAAAAGGCCCACCGGCGGUUAUGGCGGUCUGCUGUCAGCCACCUUCUACUCGACGGAAGAUGCCACCAAGUUCUUCGACCAUCUGGACACCGCAAAAGGACCCAGUCUGGGCACGAACUUUACUCUCAGCUCUCCCUACGUUCUCCUAGCUCAUUUCACCGAGCUUGAUUGGGCGGCUUCGUACGGCGUCGAGUCCAACCUCGUCCGCUUCAGCGUCGGCUUGGAGGACACGGCGGAGCUGGUCGAGGUGUUCAACCGGGCGCUGGCGGCCAUGGAAUGA